CCUCCUGUCCAACUCUCCUCGCUGUGGGUGCCUCCGGCGGCGGUGGCGGCGGCGGCGGCGGCCCAGAGACAGCAGCGGCAGCACCAGACUGGCCGCGGUAGCGUAGGGUUGCGUGGCUCAGAAACAGACCCAGCCAAAGGGGCGCGACGCGAGGAAGGCAAACCAGGGCCGCUCGUUAGGAGACCGCGGGCGCCUAUAGAGAACCGGUGUGAAGGAGCGCAGAGGCUGUGGCCACCGGCGGCCCGUACUCGCCAGUCCCCGAGGCCGCCGCCGGCAUGAGCCACAUUCAGAUCCCGCCGGGGCUCACAGAGCUGCUGCAGGGGUACACAGUGGAGGUGCUGCGGCAGCAACCUCCUGACCUCGUCGACUUCGCGGUGGACUACUUCACCCGCCUGCGCGAGGCCCGCGCCCGAGCCUCAUUGCCGUCCACCGCCCCUCCUUUAGACUUACAUGCUCCAGAGCCCUGCCCGGACGCUGUAGCUGAAGCGGACGGCGACUCAGAGGAGGACGUGGAACUGGAAGUUCCAGUUCCUAGCAGAUUUAGUAGACGAGUAUCAGUCUGUGCAGAGACCUAUAACCCUGAUGAGGAAGAGGAAGAUACUGAUCCAAGGGUGAUUCAUCCUAAAACUGAUGAACAGAGAUCCAGACUUCAGGAAGCUUGUAAAGAUAUUCUUCUUUUCAAAAAUCUUGAUCAGGAACAGCUUUCUGAAGUACUCGAUGCCAUGUUUGAAAGGAUAGUCAAAGUUGAUGAACAUGUCAUUGACCAAGGAGAUGAUGGAGACAACUUUUAUGUCAUAGAAAGGGGAACUUACGACAUUUUAGUGACAAAAGAUAAUCAAACACGUUCUGUUGGUCAGUAUGAUAACCGUGGCAGUUUUGGAGAACUAGCUCUGAUGUACAACACCCCGAGAGCUGCUACCAUUGUCGCCACCUCAGAAGGCUCCCUUUGGGGAUUGGAUCGGGUGACUUUUAGAAGAAUCAUAGUGAAAAACAAUGCAAAAAAGAGGAAGAUGUUUGAAUCAUUUAUUGAGUCUGUGCCGCUCCUUAAAUCACUAGAGGUGUCAGAACGAAUGAAGAUUGUGGAUGUUAUAGGAGAAAAGAUCUAUAAGGAUGGAGAGCGCAUAAUCACUCAGGGUGAAAAGGCUGAUAGCUUUUACAUCAUAGAAUCUGGUGAAGUGAGCAUCUUGAUUAGAAGCAAGACUAAAACAAACAAGGAUGGUGGGAACCAAGAGGUUGAGAUUGCCCGCUGCCAUAAGGGACAGUACUUUGGAGAGCUUGCACUGGUUACCAACAAACCUAGAGCUGCUUCAGCUUAUGCAGUUGGAGAUGUCAAAUGCUUAGUUAUGGAUGUUCAAGCAUUUGAGAGGCUUCUGGGGCCCUGCAUGGAUAUCAUGAAGAGAAACAUCUCACACUACGAGGAACAGCUGGUGAAGAUGUUUGGCUCUAGCAUGGAUCUGAUUGACCCUGGGCAGUAGAUGUGCCACAUCCCAGAGCCUUCUCAGUGUGACACCAAAAACUUUCGGUCAGCCACAGAACAUACACAGAAGACAGACACGACAAAACUGUUCCUGCUGUUGCCACCGCUGCUGCCAUUGCUGUGGUUAUGGGCAUAUAGAAAACUUGAAAGUCAGCACUAAAGGAUGGGGAGAGGUUUGACCCACACCUCCACUUUGCUUCUGAAAGCCCAUUAUUAGACGACUUGUAAUGAUUACUUCAACCCAGUUUUCACAUCUUUGGUUCAGAAUGGCAUGUCUCUCCAACAAUUUAAGUGCCUGAUACAAAGUCCAAAGUGUAAACAUCCUCCUUUCCUUUCUUGCUGCUACUGUUGCUUUUGGAAUUACCCAUAAGGUCUGCAGAAACCUGUUGUAUAACUGUAGACAUCCUCCUUCAAUCUUUCUCAAGGAAGAUUACAACCUCAAUUUCCUUGUUUGUCUUUUGAGAAUGUCCACAGUGUGUUCACAGUUGCUGCCUUUAGUUUUACGGUAGAAAAUGGCAGCAGAUGUAAUAGAGGUCUGUGGUCCAGUGGCAUUGUAUUGUCUUCUGACAGCUGCACACAUUACAGCUGUCUCCAAGCCCACAGUGAUGCUUAGGGAAAGACCCUGUCUAGGGCCCAGAAGGUGAGUACUCUAGAACAGACUGAAAUCAGUGAGACCCAUGUUAGAACAGAAACUUUGUUUUUUUUUUUUGUUUUUUUUUUUUUUUUUUAAAGAGAGAGUGAGAGAGGAGAGAGAGAG